AUGGCGUCCACGAUCGAGGAGCAAAUCGAAGCGAAACGGCGCAAGCUCGAGGCGAAGAUGACCGGCGGCGCCCCCCCCUCCGCGGUCCCGUCCGCGGUCGCGCCUCCCGCGCCCGUCGUCGCGGUCUCGACGCCGACGCCCGCUGCCGCCGAGCCUCCCGCGGCGGCGUCCGAGGAACCCGCGAACCCGUUCGUGUGCGACGCGAACGACGUCGUGACGUUCCGCCUCGUGUCCUCCGCGGAGGAGAUGACGACCGCGGAGGCGUUCGAGCCGGAGUUCACGCACCAGAUCUUCCGCGAGGAUGAGACGAUCUUCGGAUACAAAGACUUACGCGUGAACGUGUACGCGACCGCGGGGACGUUCCGCACGUACGUCGAGGUCACGUACUCGGAGAAGGUCAAGUCCACGCUGAACCCCGCGGACGACGUCGUCGCCGCGCUGAGGAAGCACUUCGGGGACGAGAUGCUCGUGGACAGAGACGCGUUUCUCGCGGCGCUGGCGAAGGACGCGUCGGCGCCCAUCCCGGGCGGCGGCGGCGAAGUCGUCUCGCGCUGGACCGCGGACGGCGACGACGAGCACGAGUGCACCGUGCGGGUGUUCAAGCUCGCGGACGAGGACGUGUACCCGUGGCACGCGCGGUUCGAGCCGUUCACGCUGUUUUACAUCGACGGCGCGUCCGCGAUCGACACCGAGGAUGAAAAGUGGCUCUUGUUCGCGACGAUUCGCGCGAGCAAAAAGAACCCGAACGACUGGACGCUCACCGCGUUCGCGACCGCGUACCAGUUCUACGUGUACCCGGACAAAACGCGGACGCGGCUGUCGCAGAUCGUCGUCCUCCCGCCGUUCCAGAGGAAAGGCCUCGGCGGGAAGAUCCUCGAAGCCAUGCGCGUCAACGCGGCGAGCAAAGGCCACAAAGACGUCACCGUGGAGGACCCGACGCCGCAGCUGCAGCGUCUGCGCGACGUCAGCGACGUCCGCGCGCUGAUCGCGAUCCCGGAGGUGAUGACCGCGGUGCAGCGGUGCGCGGCGAAAGCGUCGACGCUGAGCGACGGCGACGGUAAAGCCGGGAUCGCCGCGCUCGAGCUCCCGAGCGACGUCGCGGAGCUCGCGCGCGCCAAGCUGUGCUUGUGCGCGCCGCAGAUGCGACGGUGCUGGGAAGCGCUGCUCUUCAUGACCGCGAAGAAGGCGGGGGCGCCGGAUACGUCCCCCGCCGCGCGCGCGUUCACCGAGCUCGUCGUGAGGAGGUUGAAGGCGCUGCACUGCGCGGACGCGAGAAGGGACGCAGGCAAGAAGCGGGUGUACCCGACGGCGGGUUCAGCUGUCGGGUUCGUGAUGACGUUCGGGUCCGGCGCCGGCGGGCAGGGCGUGGACAUGGAGGAGGACGCGGAGGGUAAGGCGGACCCGGCGGAGGUGUUGGCGGAGUACUUUCACGAGACGAUGAGCAACUUGAAUUGGCUCGCGUCCGCGGUGAAGCUGUGA